AUGGCCUUCGAUGUGGCAGUCUCAUCUGUCACCUUGACGGGCAGCAUUCUUUCUUUCAUCGCGACAACAUGUGUAUUAAUUUCCUCUGUUUUCUACCAUGACCAACAGCGUUCGUUCCGCCAUGCCCUUGUCCUGAACCUGACGUUGGCCGGCAUCAUCUACAUUAAGAACAAAGAACUUAAACCCGGCGCAGCAUGUGUGGUCAACGGCAUGGUCGGCCAGCUCUCGGUACAAGCUUCCGACUUCUCCAUCCUCGCCAUCGCAGUCGUUACGUUCCUCACUAUAACACGGAAAACCUAUAUGCCGAAUGCGUCCACCUUCCGAAAGGUCAUGAUCUGCGCCUCCGUGUGGAUCGUACCGAUCAUCACCAGCACGACAGCGACCCUUAUGGGCACAAUGAAACCCGUGAGCGGAAACUGGUGCUGGAUAAGCCAAGACCGAGCCGACCUUCGAUACGCACUUACGCACGGCUGGCGUUUCGGCAUCAUCUUUAUCACGAUUCUCAUCUACCUCUACGUCUGGUGGUACCUCGGGCGACACUUUCGCACAAUGGUCAGCACAUCCGACCCUUUGUACCAUAGCGAGAACUCGAUCGGCAAUGUCGUCACGUCGUCUGUACGAAAGAAGCAAGGAUUCGAGUCGAUACAGACCCCAGCGCUGGAGAUGGAUCGGUUCGAGCGAGCAAAACCAACGAGGGGGGAGCUGUCACAGUCAUCGUCGAAUUCUCAGCAAGGCGAACAAGCAUCACUUGCCGCCUCACGGACCGCCUCAGCUGCCCUAGCUAGGAGACCGCUGGACUCUGAAGACAACGACGAUGAAGAAGAAGAGGUGGGCAGCAGGCCAUCGGCCUCGAGGAAAGCACACUUUGCCGAAGAAAGGAUCGACGAAGAGCCGGCAGAAGGCGAAGAGUCGGGGCGAAAGAUGUCGGCAAGGAUUUCGCGAUUCAACAACAACGAUAUGGACAUGAGCCAAGCCUCCGAGGCGCGGUUCUCCUACCUCGAGCAAGAGGACAGAUUGCACAAGAGCGCCGCUGGAGGCCCGUCACACCUCCAGAGGGACAUGCUACCCCCAGCGGCAAUUGCUGCACAAGCACAGUUUGCUCAAUACCACAUGGACAGUGGUCCGCCAAGGCGGCCAUCCAUGUCCAUCUGGAAAAAAGCCCACAGGAGCAGGGGCUCAGCGUUGUCAUUCAAGAUGCCGGGGACUCGGGAGCUCCAAUCCCGAGACUUCCCGGUGAACCCGAGCCUCAACAAUGUUGACAGCAGAAAGACCGCGCCGCUAGCCGUGACCGCGACGAUGGUGAGCGACUUCCCCAUACGGACGCAGACGAGGAAAGUCGAGCGCGAGAUCAAGCGCAUGAUGCUCCUCAACGCCUAUCCGAUCAUGUAUGUGGUGCUCUGGAUCCCCGGUCUCGUCAACAGAUUGAUGGAGGCGUCGGGGAACAGCUCUCAGAGUCGUGUUUUGGCGGCGCUGCAGAGCUCAAGUCAGUUUAUUGGCCUGGCUAAUGCGAUCACUUAUGGCUUCAACCAGCAUGUGAGACAUAAGAUAAAGGGCGAUUUGUUUAGUUGGCUACGCCGAAGAUGA